AUGUAUUAUGUGGCUGAUAGUAAUUUGGCUUUUAGUGCAGUUCAAUAUAUUAUGUAUGAAGUAAAUUAUGGGUUGUUUAUAGUCAGUUAUCGUUUGUCUGGUGUAUGGGUUACUGGUUUAGUUAUGUUUUUAGUGGUUAUAGCUCAAAUAAGAUUUUGGGCUGCUGUUGUUAUCACUAGUUUAUUGAGUGUAAUUCCUUAUAUUGGAAAUUCUUUGGUUAUAUGA